UUGCGGCGGUCCUUGUCUGUUGGGUCGGAUGGGGCUACCGCAUGUCCUUUGGCAACAAAGGCAUUCAUUUCCUUGGAAUGCCGAAUAUUUCCUUGGAUCAGAAGUACCUUUUGUUGCAGGCGUUUCUAGGGUACUUCCCGAACGCUACCAUGAUCUACUUCCAGUUUCUCUUCGUCGAUACAUUUUGCUUGCGAGGAUGAAUUUUCAUGCGUGGAUGUUGUUUGUGUCGCUCUGGUUAUCCUUUUCCUACACAAUCGGUGCCUACAACAUUUUGUACCUUAAUGGAUGGCCUUCCAAGAAAGGGAUGAUUGAUUAUUCUGGUGGCUUUGUCAUCCAUCUUUCUGUUAGAGUCACUGGUUUUGCAGCAACUUACUGGGGCAGGGUAGCAAUUUUGAUGGGAAUCAUAUCUGGAAGUAUCCCCUGGUACACAAUGAUGGUCCUCCACCAAAAAAUUUGGCUGCUCAAGCAAGUCGAUGACACCAUGGCUGUGUUCCACACCCAUGCCGUGGCCAGAAGCCUAGUCUGCCUUAACAUCAUCAUGACCAGCGUGAUUUGCUUGUUGAGCAAGCUGGUGGUGCCGCUCAGGCUGACAGAGGAUGAGUUGCAAACUAGGGAUGAUGCAAUCCAUAGAGAAGAAGCGUAUGCAUUGUGGCGUAAUGGGGAAAAGUAUGAGUCUGAGAUAAUCUCUGUUUAUGAUGAAUUUCUGCAGUUUCAAGAAAUUGCUGAGAAGUUGAAAGCCAGUGACAGUGAGCUUAGCGGCAGCACCUUCGGAUGGACGGUGAAGGCCUGUGGUGGUCGGUCAAGGUUGGUGGGUGAACGCCGAUCUGCUGCUUGUUGUUGCUGCCUCAUGGUUUCUUCUUCGCCAGAAAAAAGAUGGAGACUGGAGAGUGGAGAAGCUGAGAAGGAGAAUGAUGGAUGAUGAAGAUCUAUUGCCCGAUCUACUGCCUUGUGGUUUCUUCUUCGUCUGAAAAAAGAUGUAGACUGAAGAAUGGAGACUGGAGAGUGGAGAAGCCGAGAAGGAGAAUGAUGGAUGAUGAAUAUUGGAGAAUGGAUUUUUCAAUUUUGUUUGGUUGUGGUAAGAGUUGAGACUUGAGACUUGAGAGUUGGAAGAGUUGAGGAUGGAAUGACUGAAUGAGUCAAUGAAAUUAGGAAGCCUCG